UAGUGAAAAACCUUAAAAUUGAUAAUCCAAUAAUCUUCUCUUUUAUCUUCUUUUGGUUUAGGCGAAAAAACACAGAAAAAUGUCUCAAGCAGCGGAGGAAGACAAGAAGCCCGGCGGCGAUCAAGUUCACAUCAAUCUCAAAGUCAAAAGUCAGGACGGGAAUGAAGUCUUCUUUAGGAUCAAAAGAAGCACCCAGCUAAAGAAACUCAUGAAUGCGUAUUGUGACCGGCAGUCUGUGGAUUUUAAUUCAAUUGCAUUCUUGUUUGAUGGUCGCCGUCUUCGAGGAGAGCAGACUCCAGAUGAGCUGGAGAUGGAGGAUGGCGAUGAAAUUGAUGCAAUGUUGCAUCAAACUGGAGGCUCAACUAUUUGAGGCGUCCCAUCUCUUUUGUUUCUAGGUUGUAGACUUUAAUGAAUGUAGCUUGUGCUACUCUAAGUACUGUAGAAGCAUAUAUGUGGUUUCGUCUUAUGUUUAACCGUAGCUACGUAUUGCUUACUGUUGCAAGAAGAUUUCCAGUUGCUUCUUGUCGUCAAGUUUAAGUGUUGCCUGUCUCCUCAAUAACUGAGAUACUGUGAAUCUCAUGUAUUUUGUUGUAACUAGACACCAUGAGAAACAAGAAUCUUGUUCGAUAUGUGAACAACAUAUUAUUCCAUUUCCAGUUAAAUCGU